AUGCCACUUCAAUGCUUCAAUUGGAUUACAGAACUUUUGGGUCCACUAGUUCAUAAUCUAAGACAUACAAAUGAAGGGCCUGAGGGAAUUUUUACACGUUUGCCUGAUUGUCUCAUCAUUGAUGUCCUUAGUAGACUUCCAGCAGAUUGCCUUCUUAGAUGUCAAAGGGAUUGCAGGGUGUGGAAGGCAUUGAUCUCAUCGCGGUAUUUUUCCACGUUACAUCUCAGAAGAGCUAGACCUGUACUAAUCAUAGAGUGGGAUCGCUGUUUUACCAGUCAUGAGCAGGACCUUUUUAUAUUUGAUGGAAGUCUUAAUAAGGAUAAGAUGUUCACAAGAGUACUUCUCAAACGUGAGCUUAUGAUCAACAAGGUCAAUAAACACCGUCCUCAUCUUCGAUACUCUUGUGAAGGAGUUCUUCUGUUCAUGGUGUUAUGUUCGCGCCCAACUUAUUUUAUUUUUAACCCAAUAACACAAGAGGGAGUAACUAUACGACAUAAAUUUGACCCGGGCUACUUGUGUGCUUUUUAUUAUUGUUCAUUGACAAGUGAAUUCAAACUUCUUUAUGCAAGAAAAGAAGGAUCUCGGUGUCAGUAUUCCAUAUACACUGUCAGGACACAGACAUGGAGGAAAAUUCAUUCUCCCACUUCCAACUGUUUGCCGUAUGUCUCUCCUGCAAUUGUCAACGGAGCUGUACAUUUGCUCGUGGGCAAAGAUUUAGAGAAACCAGAUACUCCUCCUUGUGCCAACGGAAUCAUGGUGCUUAAAAUGGACAAGGAAGAGCUCUCCGCUAUGCCUCAUCCCGGAAGUGUAUGUAGCUCAUGGAGAACACAUCAAACAAUGUCUCUCUUAGUGAAGGAUGAGUCUUUGUGUCUCUGCCAAUUGUUUGUUGCUGAGAAUGAAAUGGAUAUAUGGAUCUUGGAGGAUUAUGAAACAUGGGUAUGGACCAAAAGAUGCAAGGUUAAUCUUGGAUUUAACAACCAAGGUAUCCGUCUCAGUAAGCCUUUUGUUGACCGUAGUUAUUGGGAAGUGGUUUUGUACAUGUGUUGGCAAAUACAGCCUUUGCACUUCCAGGACGGUGAACUGGUAUUUUAUUGGUUUAGCAGAGGGUUGUUUAUGUGUAAUCUGGAUCAUAAUACUUUGAGGAAUAUCGAAGGUCCACAAGGGUCAAUGGUAUAUACUUGUAAGCCGUAUAAAAAGAGCCUCUUGACCAUAGCCUAG